AUAACAAAAGCAAUUGUCUUUCCAUCCAUUCGUUUCUGGUUUUACUCAUCUUAUACCAAUUGGAUGUCAAUAUUUCUUAACUAAUAACGAGACAAAAAUUUUUACAUGCAAGUUCUGCUUGACAAGCGAACCGAUAGAAGUUCGAGAACUUACUUCCAGCUUUCGCCACUUGUUAGUAUAACUUUUAUUGAUUUCUCCCGUGGCUGAAUAAAACUAGUCAUUUUUGAUCAAUGCGAUUAAAAGUGACACCUUGAAAGCUUUUGCAGUAAGACAUGGAACUCUCGCCAAUCAAAAAGUUGACGUCCCUCGACGAGCCAGCAGAUCUUGCGCAGUACGCGUUCUCAGACUAUGCACGUGAUCACUACCAGAAUGGGUCACCCUACACUUACUGCAGAACACGACUCUAUUCUUCUCUGCAUGACUUGGGAGAACAUGAAGAUAACGAGGAGAUUGCGCUGACGAUCUUCAAUGUCAUUAAACGAUUCAUGAUGGAUCUACCAGAACCUAAAGAAGAAGCAAUAAGCGAAGAGGACAAUGUAUUCAAACGUACAAUGCAAAGAAACGCUGAGCUGAAACAAGCUGGUACAUUUAAACGCAAGAUGGAUUCAGUUAAGCAUCCAGAAUGGCAAAGCUUGCCUGAGCUUUCUCUGAUGUCCAAACCAACCUCGAACAUCACGAAAGUCAGAUUCAUCUGCAGCUAUGGAAUUUUCCGCCCUGAGCUCAGAGACGAGAUCUACAAUCAAAUAUGUGUUCAGUUGACUGAAAACCCUUCUUCAACCAGCUCAUCACGUGGAUGGAUUCUCAUGGCCUUGUGUCUUGGCUGCUUCCCUCCAUCUCAGAAGUUUUUGAAUUUUCUGAGGAAUUUUCUCAAGCAAGGACCUAAUAGUGAAUACGGAGAGUAUUGCCUGAAACGCCUACAACGAACACUAGAGGUCGGCAACAGAAAGCUUGCACCAAACUUCAUUGAGAUGCACGCAGCCAAAGUAGAAGGCAAAAUCUUUCUCCCAGUGACCACAAUGGACGGCAAAACCGUCAAGUACGAAGUGGACUCCUCAACGACAUGCGAAGAACUUCUUCAACAGAUACAAAAGAAAAUCGGCUUGAAGAAUGUCUUUGGAUUCUCUGUCUUUGCCAAAGUUUUUGACGAGGUGUUCAACUGGGGGUGUGGACAAGAGAGUGUGAUGGACGUGAUCUCGCUCUGUGAGCAAUAUGCACAGCACAAGAAUCUCAAAAUCGAAGCUAUCGGAGGCAAGUGGGGCAUCUUCAUCCGUAAAGAUCUCUUCCUUUCAAGCGCCAAUCCCUCCAGUGACCCUGUGGAGACCGACCUGAUCUAUAACCAGGUGAUUGGAGGCAUCAGAUUUGGCGAGUACGCCUGUGACACGGAUGUAGAGUUAGCAGAUUUCUUGGCAAGAAAAUAUUACAUCAACCAUGGAAAGACUUUCAAUGAAAAUCUCGCAAGUCAAUUGAUCGAGCAGUCUCUACCAGAGAGCUUCCUGGAGACACACCGUAAACAGAUGGAAAUGAUUGGUUUGAUAAGAGAUACUAUCAACACGACUCCUACCUUGCGUGUGGGAAGCGACCCGGAAGCAAUCAAACAGGAAGUAGUAUCACUAGCCAAGGCAGAGUGGGUACAUGUUUUCUCCAAGAUUUUCAAUGCCACUAUUAUAUCAGGCCGUAAGAUCCCCAAGGGCGAAGUCAAAGUCUACAUGCACAGCAAGGGAAUUGAUCUUCACUCUGUAAGUGAACAGAGAGGGUCGUUCUUUGUGAGCCUCGACUUUGAUCACUUGGCUGUAAUCACAAAUGACAGUCCCAAAAACUUGAAACAUGCUGAUCCAUCGUCCAUCGUGUCAUUCCAAAAGUACGACAAGUCGAUUUACAUUCUCAAGUCAGUAAGAGCCGUUGAGAUGAAAAAGCUUGGUAACAUACUCCUCGAAGACUAUCGAAAAGGAGACCCUCUGUUGUCACAAACAGGAAAUAAAAUAUUGUACUAGGGGAAGAGAGGAACGAACUACAUUUUUGUCGCAUACUCGUACGUAAAUAGCAAGUAAAUAAAUGAAGUGCCUGCGUAAGCAAAAGAAAAUAACUUCAGAAAAUAAAUUCCACUCAUGCUGCAACUUAAAAUAUAUACUUCAUAACUAGGAAAGAGCACCGAAGUGGGGUGAGGCAAAAUUUAAAGUGCAUCCGGUUACUAAAAAUAGCCCAAUCGGAAAUUUACAUGGCGCGAGCGUUAUUAAGAAGGUUCCCUCUCUUAUUUAUGUCUUUUUAAUUACAUCUAUAAACCGCUUUGGCACUACUAGCGAGUGGAUUUCAUAUGACAUCAAGGAACAGCUCUACAUACAGCGCUGACACUCCACCACACAAUGCAAGUUUUUAACUAUACCAAAACUAAAUAACAGUGUUGGGCUUCAUGUGUCAAACAACUUAGGCAGCCAAUAAUUAAAUUUCAAAACAAUAAUUAAUUAAUUAAUUAAUUAAAAUAAGAUAAUGAAAUAUGAAUAUGAAGUAAUGUAUCACGUUUGUGAGUCAAAUCCGAGGGGUUGUUUGAGGGUAUAGUGUCCGGAAUGACGUCACAUCAGGAAUCUUGUCCUCAGAGCCGGCGCUUCUCUUGCUCAGCAAGAGAAAGUAGCCUCGAAACGUCUAAAAAAAGUAUGUUUUUAGCGUUGCAUAUGCUUAUUUAUUUUAAAUCUAAAUUUACUAAACUGCGUUACCCAGUCCUUGUAUACCUCUCAUACAACAGAAACACAGACCAGCUGAGUUAACCCUCUCAUGUAUGUCAUGUAAAGCUUAUCUCGUGAUUCUGCCGGAGAACCAAUUAAAUGGGAAUAAGAA